AUGCCAGGGCCGGAUAUGUUCUGCGACUUCAAUGGCAAGAAGUAUAGCCCAGGUGAGAGCUGGCACCCCUACCUGGAGCCGCAGGGGCUGAUGUACUGCAUCCGCUGCAGCUGCUCCGAGAAUGGCAACACGAGGUGCUAUCGGAUCCAGUGCCCCGCUCUGCAAUGUGCCAGUCCCGUCACGGACCCCCAGCAGUGCUGCCCACGGUGUCUCGAGCCAAAUUCCCCUUCUGGUCUCCGGGCACCUGUCAGAUCCUGCCAGUACAAUGGGACAACGUACCAGCAAGGAGAGAUGUUCACCACCAGUGAGCUCUUCCCGAGCCGCCAGCCCAACCAGUGUGUGCAGUGCAGCUGCUCUGAAGGCCAGAUUUACUGUGGCUUGGUGACCUGCCCAGAGCUGCUGUGCUCCAAUCCCCUAACCGUGCCAGACUCCUGCUGCCAGGUCUGCAAAGAUGGCUCGUAUGAGAAGUCUGCGGAAGAGGAACCCCUGCAGUUAAACAGAGGUGUUAGGCACUCACAAGACCAGUGCUUGGGGGAAGCAAUGAACAGAAAGCCACCUGGAGCCACCGCAUCCACCGUGCUCAGUUCCUCACUGGAGUUCAUCCCCCGGAGCUUCAAACCCAAGGGGGGAGGUGGCACCACCGUGAAGAUCGUUUUGAAAGAGAAGCACAAGAAAGCCUGUGUUUACAAUGGGAAGACCUACUCCCAUGGAGAAGUGUGGCACCCCGUCUUCCGGCUCUAUGGGCUCCUGCCCUGCAUCCUGUGCACCUGCAGGGAUGGUGUCCAGGACUGCCAGAAGAUCACAUGCCCCAAGGAGUAUCCAUGUGACUCUCCGGAAAAAGUAGAUGGGAAGUGCUGUAAAAUAUGUCCAGAAACCAGAGUCAAACCCACUGAUGAAAUCGUCACUGAGAGAUGUGGCAAGACCCCCAACCACGUCCUGGUGUACAUGUUUGUGCCACCAAGCUCCGAGAACUCCAAGGAGAUCCUGAGGACAGUCGCUAUUGAGAAGGAGCUCACGGAAGAGGUGGAAAUCUAUAACUGGAAGCUGAUUAAAGGGAUAUUUCACUUGAUCCAAACCAAGAAGAUCAGCAAGCAGGAAUUCAAGCAAGAAGCACAGAACUUCAGGCUGAUCACCAGGACGAAUGAAGGUCACUGGAACAUCUUCCAAGCCCAGACAUCAGAGCUGAGGAUGACAGAGAGUCCAGAGAAAGAAACAAAGAACUUGUAAA